AUUUUGUUUUUCUUUUUUUCGUUUUUUGGCGGCAUGCAGACAACAUGGCAGGACGUAAAAUCACACUACUCUUUUCUUUACUGGCGAUCUUUUCAAAAGGUCGUACAUCUGGGAUACAAACACAGCACACUGUGCUGGCAGCAGUGGGAGAUAAGGCCCGCUUAAACUGUGAGCUCAUGCUUUCUAAAGAGGUCCUUCAAGUCACGUGGCAGAUGAUCUCAGGAAGUUCAGAAAGAAAUGUGGCAACCACCAACAAGUACUUUGGCCAGAGAGUGAAUCCUGAGUUUACAAAGAAAGUGGAGUUUAAAAAUCCUGCACUAAAGAACUGCUCCAUAGUCAUCAGGAAUGUGACGGCACAAGAUGAAGGAUGCUAUCGCUGUCUGUUUAACACUUAUCCUGAUGGAGCUCUGACAGGUAGAACCUGCCUCCAAGUCUACGAGCUGCAUGAACCUGUUGUUGAUGUCAGAGAGUCAAACUCUACUGAAGAGUGGGUUGUUUCCUGUUCAGCCACUGGUCGACCUGCUCCCACUGUAACACUCAGUGUCUCACAACAAGACCUCAGCUUCUCACAGUACAACACUGUCAGUGUGUCCAACACCAACGCUACAUUCACUGUCACCACUACAGCUGUGCUCUCAGGUUCACGUAAACACAGCACACAGGUGGGAUGUGCAGCACGAGUGCUCUCUGCUCCUCACAGAGAGGUGACUGUGAUGACUCCUGUGGUCCAACAGAAACCUGAUGCUACUGAGGAUGGAUCAUAUGAGAAGAUUACUUCCCAAAGCAGUGAAUCCAAUUUCACCUGGAUCAUUGUAUUAGCUGUGGUGUCGGUGGUUGCAGUGUUACUGGUGAUCUUGCUGGUGGUUUUUCGUUAUUUCUUUGCUGACUUCGUUGCACAUUUCAAACAACACAACAAGACUGGGGACCUCGAGAAGAUCAAAACACCGCUAAAAUCAAAGCAAGACAUUCAUGAGAACAAAACACCUCUAAUGAACCACGAGAACGAGCAGCUCAGGCAGCGGACGUCUACAAAGAAAGUGCCAAAAAACAUCAGCAGGAAAGCUUCACCUUCAACAGCAAAAAGACUGUUUGAAGAGCAUUAAUCAAUCAAAACUAAAAGUCAGAGAUGAACUAAACCGCAUCAACUCACUGGCUGACCAAAUAAAGAGGACUGUGUCAACAACAAAGAUUCAUACCUGAUAUUUCUAGUCAACACUAAUAAGAAUUCAAUGAAGAGAGAUCAGUUGGAAGAAAUGAACAUGAUUUAUUGAAAUAGAGAAUUUAAUGUACUUGGUGAUUAGACUCUGAUGACCCGUCAGAACGGAGGCUUGGAUGGAGCUCUGACUGAGCUGUCUGUGAGAUGGAGACAGGGAAGAGGUGGGCUGAAUGAAUAACAUGUACAACUGAUAAAUAAUAGUUAUUCUGCUUUAGAGGCAUUAAUUUUUUUUUAUCAUAUUGUUAAAAUGUAAUUGGUUAUAAUGUUUUGAUAUUUUGUAACAUGGAUUGUAAAACAGUAAAAUAAGCUGUGAAGUGUG